CGUUCGUGCUCCCCUGUUCGUCAGGAAGAGGCAGAGGAGGGGCGCCGCCGGCGACUCCAAGCCGGCCACGGCAACUCAGGCGAUCAUAGGAGGCGAAUCCGAUUUUCAAGUGCACAAUGAUCAACAAUACAGUAUGCAAAAGAACUUCCUCAAACCGUAUCAGUGGGAAACCAAUCUAUAAGAAAGCGAGGCCAAAUGUUAAACUGGAAGACCUUCCACAGGAUCUGCUGUGCACCAUUGUAUCAAAGUUGCCUGCUAAAGAAGUUUCAAGAGCUACUGUUUUAUCAAGCUAUUGGAGAUAUAUCUGUGGUAUUUGCUGCUACAAAUUAUGUUUCACUGGUGCUACUGGGUGUUGCCGUGAUACUUUAGAAAGAAAAGAAUACCUCCAGUGCAUCCAUAAAUUCAUCAAUAAUGUCAAUACAGCCGUGCAAAAGUGCCAUGCCAAGUUGGUUGAAGAGUUCAAUGUCAGAUUCGAGUUCGACGCAAUGCUGGUUGAUCAUCUAAAUAAUUGGGUUAAAUUUGCGGUAUCAUCACAGGCAAAGAGCAUAGUUUUCUAUUUACGGCCUAUUAACAUGAGACGCACGGAUGUAGAUCGCUACUUAUUUCCAUUUCACCUUUUGGAUAGUGGAAGCAACAUGUCUCAUCUACAGUGUAUACAGCUUAGCUUUGUAUCUUUCAGACCACCAUCUGAAUUCAGAGGUUUCCCAAGCCUGAGAAAGCUUUAUUUGCAGUUUGUCGAUAUCACUAUAAAGGAUCUUGAAGUUAUACUGUCCAAUUGCUAUAAUCUUGGAUGGCUCAGCUUAGUCAGAUGCUUCCUGAAUGGCGAACUAAAGUUGGAUCGUCCGUUGUCCCGCCUUCGACACCUAACAGUUGUAUACUGUAAGGUGACCAGGAUAGAACUUCAUGUUACGAAACUCGUUACCUUUGUAUAUGAUGGUCCCAUUAUUCCUAUUGUUAUGGCUCAACAUUCGAAGCUGGAAAAUGCACAUAUACGAUUCUUCAAGGCAACUUAUCAAGAUGCUGUCAGUGCACUUCUGAAUGGUAUUCCGACCAUGCAAAAUCUGACUCUCCAGAUUACUUGCCCACAACUAGAGGUGCAAUCAUUGUUGAAUAACACAUGCAAGUUUUCCCAUCUUAGGCGCUUACAGUUGUUAAUGUGUAUAUUAGCUCAACAUAUUGAGAAGCUUCCAUAUGUACUAGUUUCCAUACUGAGGGCAGCUCCAUUUAUUGAAAAGCUUGAGAUCCAUUUUGCUACCUGUCGCCACCUUUGUUUUGCGAACAAUGGUACUUUGGACAAUCAGCCUCUUCAGCGGUGUGAAUAUACUUAUCUGAAGAGUAUGCAUAUGACGGGAUAUAAAGGGGCAAGAGGUCAACUUGAAUUUCUUCUACAUAUUGUGGAAAAUGCCCCUGCGCUGGAGGUAUUAACUGUGGACACAACUGAACGGCUUAAUGAAUAUGAAGAUGUUUCUGUAAACUUGAUUUGCAGAAAAAAAUCAUGCUCCGAGCGCGCUGCUCUGCAUGCCGAAUCUUGUCUCAGUGAAAAACUUUCACCAAAGGUGAAGCUUUGUGUUAUGUAGGUAGGGCUCCUUUAGAGUCAACAAGUGUGUGUCUGCUUCUGUUGAAAAAUUGUGCCACCUGUAUGCCGUGAGAGUAUUUGUGAAUGAAACAAC